UGAGAACAUUCGUGAUCUAGGAGAAGAAAGAGCAGCGAAUAUGGGGCCUGUUUACUUCAGCAACACUGUCAGAGUUUGAAAAGACAUGGCGACAAAGGCCUCUCCAUGCAGUGACAUGCUUCUGAAGACGACAGCCGUUCCUCAAAGAUACACCAAGAGGAGAAUCAUAUUCUGAAAAACUGAACUGGCCAAGUGGAUGAUUCAUUUUAAUUUAGCUAAAGUGACAGUGAAGCGGUGGAAAUGACUGUCGCCACAGUUCUCCGUUGGCUGUUCCUCAUGUCCGUUAUACUUCUGACCAUCGGCGGGAACGUGCUGGUGUGCUUGGCGGUGGGGCUCAGCCGACGUCUGUGGCGAACAGCGAACUGCUUUGUGGUGUCGCUGGCAGUUGCGGAUCUCCUGCUCGGCGUGUUGGUGCUGCCCUUGUCUGCCACGCUGGAGCUCCGCGAUAGUAAAUGGCCUUUCGGAGGAACACUGUGUAAUAUUUACAUCUCAAUGGAUGUCAUGCUGUGCACAUGCUCCAUCCUGACCCUGUUGGCAAUCAGCGUGAACAGGUACCUGGCCAUUUCGUCUCCCCUCAGCCACUCUCAGAGAGUCACCCCGCGAAGGGUGUUACUUGCCAUCAGCUUCAUCUGGCUGCUGUCGCUGGCCGUGGCUUUUUUCCCCGUCCACCUGGGCUGGAAUACAGCAGACUACAGGGUGCAAAACCUGGACUGGGAAUUUGGGGAUGAGGGCACUGAUAAAGGACGCUACUGCCAGUUCGAGUGGAACAACAACUACGUUCUUAUUUAUGCCUUUGGAACCUUUUACUUACCACUGAUGGUCAUGUGCGGAAUGUAUCUUUGCAUUUUCAGAGUGGCACGUGAACAGGUAAGGCGUAUCCGUGCUACCACUCCGUCAUUUGCACGCUCGGCGACUGCUGCCGUAGCCCGUGAGCACAAGGCUACAGUCACCCUGGCUGCUGUACUCGGUGCAUUUAUCAUCUGUUGGUUUCCCUACUUCAGCUACUUCACCUGCAUGGGUGUAAAGGAAAAGACAAAUCCUCCCAACACCCUCCAUUCAGUAGUCCUCUGGCUAGGAUAUUUGAACUCCACCCUUAAUCCCAUCCUCUAUCCAGCAUUCAACAGGGAUUUCCGUCAAGCCUAUGGGGAGCUGCUUCGCUGUCGAGGGUCAUCACGCAGGACACUGCAGCUUACUCAUGUGACUCUGUACAAAAGAUUGACCUUUUUCAAGCUAUUCAGGGUCUCUCAAAACUCUAAGAAAAGCACAGCCGCGGUUAUGGUUGAAAGAGAGAAGAGUCUACCCUGUGAAGAAAGGCAUUGUGCAGAUGAUUCAUGGUGAAAGUUAUUUGGAUGACAGACUGUGUAAACAUUGUGGGUACAAAUUUACUAAACUGUUCACAGCACCAGCUUAACUGACCAUUCAUUUUGUGCUUCAAUAUGUGCCCGGCUUAGUUUUGAAGUAUUUGAAGAGCUGUUUGGGUGAGUUUAAUAAAGUAAUAUAUCCCAUUAUAUGUUCCAGCAAAAGGCAUGGGAACACCGGUGUCUGAAGGAUGCAAACUGUUUGUUUUCUCUCUCCCUACGCCCCUGCAAGUCAUGGUGAAUAUGUGACCAACAACCUGAUUUGAUAUGCGCAACAGGUUUAUGUUUCACCUGACCAGAGCAGAUUGACCUCAAGGACUUCCUGGACAUUUUAACAGAAUUUCCAUAAAUAAAGUCACUCUUUAAGGAACGCUAUCUUAGCACGUGUAGCUACUGUGGAAUGAAGAGAGUUGUUCACAUAAUCUUGUUUAUGUAAGUACAUAGCACAGCUGUCUAAAAA